UUGUGUCGUUUGACAGGUGGAAAGUUUUCCUCUUGAAUUUUAUUUAUUUAUUUUUGUUAUAAGUUUAAACAUCUAAAUUAAUUUCAAGGUAUUUAAUUAUUACAUAAUCAAGGAUAUAAAAUUUGUAAGCCGUUUGUUUUGUAGAGUAAGAUGCCGUCUCUCCGGAUAGACCAAAGCGACUUGAAGUGCAAAAAUGGCUGUGAUUAUUUCGGGAAUCCUCAGUGGCAAGGCUACUGUUCUAAAUGUCACCGAGAACUACUUCAGCGACAGAGGAGAGCAGAAAAAGCAUCAUCAGCGACUCUCCCAAAGCCGGAACAGAAGAAGCCUGAGCGCGGCAUAAAGCUCGCCUCGCACUCGUCCUUUUCAAAGUUCGAAGAAAAACGUCUAAGGCAAAGCGAAACUCUUAAAAAGGCUAAUUUGUUAAAAUUUAGCGUAUUCAAAAAGAGUAGCACUGACGAACAUGACCACACACCGGAGCGCAAACCGCCGGAAUUCAAAAUACCCGCAAUUAUUAAUGAGGGUAUGAAACGUGAGUUUCGGGUCCGAUUCACGAACCUGCCCCCCCAAGUCGACCGGGACGCGAGAGUCUUCGUGCAUAGCUUCAUCAUGGACGUCAUCAAGUGUUCCAAUGUGAUGACCGUGGACGAACUGUCGGAGAGGGUGCAGAGACAUUACCAGCACUUCAUGAAGUACAUGGACACGUCGCCGCAUUUUGCGAACGCAGGGUCGGAGAUAAAGGAACUGCUGAUCGACUUCGUGGAGAAGCACGCCAUGACUUACCUACACGACCUGCCAGGCGUGGUGUUCUCUCCGAUUGGUACAGAGGACGAGCGCCUGGACCGCGCCAUGUCGGAGCGCAUCCAGCAGCUUAGCUGGGUGGGGGAGAAGCACCUGGAAUGUAAGUUGGACCGUACCGACAGCGCCUGCAGCCAACUGUUGUACAAGGCUAUCAGUGAGCUGCUGGCGGUGGACGGAGCGGCGGGGCCGGGCGGGAAGCUGUCGCGGGUGCGGCGCGCCUGCAGGCACGUGCUGGCGCUGUGCGGCCCCACCGCCUCGGCCGACGACCUGCUGCCCGCGCUCAUCUUCACCGUACUGAAAGCGAAUCCACCGCGUCUCGUCAGCAACAUCAACUUUGUGACUCGCUUCUGCAACGCGCAGCGACUGAUGACCGGCGAGGGGGGGUACUACUUCACGAACCUGUGCUGCGCGGUUUCGUUCAUAGAAAAUUUAACAGCUGAAUCUCUUAAUAUGGAUAAAAAAGAAUUCGAUUGCUACAUGGCGAUGCCCGCUUCGAUUGGCGGCAGCACAUGGGCGGCGGCGCUGUCGCUGUGCGGCGCGGCGCGCGAGGCGGACGAGCAGCGCGCCGCCGCCCGCGCGCUGCUGGCCGACGUGGCGGCGCUGCGCGCCAAGGCCGACCAGCUGGCCGCCAACGCCGACAGCUUCGAGAAAGAAAUAGCGUAUAAAGUUAACGACGUGCUAGCCAAUACACCUCUGGAGAUUAAACCGCGUCGGGAACCGCUGCGACUCAGUUCACUCCGGAAUUCGAGUAUCCCCUUGAUCGACCUCGAAACGCCGGUGGACACUCCCGCGCCGAUGAAACCGUCCGAAGACAUUCCACAGAUAAAGCUUCCAGAAAUAAUGCCCGUCGAAGAGCCCGUCACAGUCACCUUCGACAGGACGACCGAUGAAAACAUCACACAGAAUAUUAUCGACUUUCAAUCACUGGAAAAACCAUCACCACCAAAGUCGCCGCAAAACCAGCCGUGGGAGCUGAAGCAGACUGGUUCAUUCGAACUCCUCACACCAUCACCGCUUGGAUUCACUCCUUUCGACUCCAGGUCUAUAGAUGAAUUGAUGACCCCAGAUGAUUUCGGCUCCGACCACUUAGCACCUGGAUUAAGUAACAUAAAUUAUGAUAUCGAUUUGUCCGAUUUCAGCGGCGAUAACAGCUUGGCAGAGGACACACCCAAAGAACCGAAAGACCCAUUCAGUCCAGACGGGAUUAAGAAGGAACCAAUAUUUGACCCGUUCCAGCCACAGACGAGCCAAAGUUCAUAUAAGAAUGUUUUGGAGAAGUUCGACGAAUUUAGUUUGAUUGAUUCGAAAUCAAAUGAAACAUCAGAGGCAUUUGAAGUUGUGCACAGGACGCAGGAUUCUUGCACGCCAGCAGCGGCUGAAGAGCCCGGCGACCCGUUCAGUCCUGUGCAAAAAGAAGCGUCUAUUUUGGAUGACUCUGGUUCCCCUACUUCCGCGUGCCUCCUUCCAUCACCUCUGCAGCCGCAAACAAGGUGAAUAGUUUUGUAUUUUUUUGUCAUUUUAUGUAAAUUAAUUGUAAUUCUGUUUCCAAUUAACUUACUCUCGUUGUAAAUGUUAUUUAUUUAUAGGUUAAAUUGUCGAGUAAGAAUAUCAACUGUCAUUAAUGUAUUACCAC